AACAGAGAGUGUUUGUCCCAAGUUAAGCCUAAACACUGAUAGAAAAAUGUAGUUAUCAAGGGAUUUAAAAAAACCCAAACCUUUUUCUGUUGUGUUUAGUGAAGAGAGUGGGGAAUCUCCUGUUGGAGCUGGCGUGUCUGCAGUCCAAGCAAUCGCUCUGAGCCAUGUUUGGGAUUCCUGCUUGUUGUAGCAUGGCGGAGCUGGGAGUCCACAGAAUCCUCCUUUUGGUUAUUUCUCUGACAAACUGUCUGGAGAGCACAAAACUGCUGGCCGGCUGGAAAAAAUGUGGUGACUUGGAAUGUGAGACUUUAAUAAGCAGAGUCUUAGCCUUGAGAGAUUACAGAGGACCUGACUGCCGAUACCUGAACUUCACUAAGGGAGAAGAGAUAUCUGUUUAUAUUAAACUUGCAGGAGAAAGGGAAGAUUUGUGGGCAGGAAGUAAGGGAAAGGACUUUGGAUAUUUUCCCAGCGAUGUGGUCCAGAUUGAAGAGGUGUUCAUAUCCGAGGAAAUUCAAAUAUCAACUAAAGAAUCUGAUUUUCUGUGUCUUCUUGGAGUAAGCUACACAUUUGAAAAUGAAGAUAAUGAAUUAAACGGUGAUAAUGGUGAAAAUAUAUUUCCAUAUGAAGAGAAUGAAGACCAAAAAUCUAGUGUAUAUGAAAGUGAUUUUCAGAUAGAACCUGGAUUUUAUUUAACUUCUGAAAGUCCUUUGUUUGAAGACCAAUUUCCAGCAUCAAAGGUUCCUGAAGAUAGCAGAAGUACUAGUGAAUCAAAAGACUGGGAAGGAGCAGAAGCCAGAAGUGUGGAACAGGACCCUAUUCCAGAAGCGGAUCAUGGCACACCAUCCUCAGCUGUGCCUGAAACAAAAGGAUGGUUUGGGUUUGGAAGUGAACAAGCUGAGGGGAAGACUUCUGAGUCAGUUAUUGAGCCUCCACAAGAAAGCUCAUUUCGAAGUAGAAAAAUAGCAGUAGAAGAUGAGAAUGACCCAGAGGAAUUAAGUAAUGGUGAGCCCCAAACAGAACAUAAGCAAGAAUCUGAAUCAGAAUUCGAUUCAGUGCCAAAGAAACAGUCUGAACCAACGUCCGAGUCAGAGCACAUUCUCAAUCCUCAAGCCACGGGUUGGUUUGGUGGUAGAUUUAUAAGUUAUUUAGGUUUUGGAGGUGAGGAUACAGGGCUUGAAGUAUUGUCCGAAGAAAACAAUCCACCACUACAAGAUGUUCCUAAUUCCAUUUCACCUGAGGAAGAACCCACAGUUCCACAUACAGAAAUAUUAACAGAAAAAGAAGACACAAUCUCUAAUGAUAGCUCAAUUCUCAAGCCAAGUUGGUUUGAUUUUGGUUUUGGUAUGCUAGGCUUUGCAUAUGCCAAUGAAGAUAAAAUUAUAGCAGAUGAUGAAAAAAAUGAAGAAGGAGGUGGAGGAGAUAAACAUGAACAUCCUCCAACAAACGAAUUUGACCCUGAUAAAGAACAAGAAGUAAAAACAAUAAAAAUUAUGGAAACUGAAGACCAAAUAGGAAAGGAAAGAGUCUUAGAGAAGAGAGAUGAUUCUGAUACCCUACUGUAUUUUAAAAAGUUCUUGUAUAAGUUUGACAACCCUUGGAAUUUCCAGAACAUUCCAAAGGAAACAGAAUUGCCAUCUGCCAAACAGAUACUGGAUGAAAAUAAUGCAGUUGAAAAUGAUGAAACAGAAGAAUUUUCAGUUGGAAAUUAUCCCACAGAUAAUAUGAUGUUGAAAAGCGGAUACAGUCAGUCAGAUGUGCUCUCUGAAACAGAGUUACCUAUGAGAAUUCAUGAAGAAGUACACUUCAAAACUCCAUCUUCUGAAAAUAAUGAUGAAAAAUCAAAAACAUCACCAGAUACGGAAGGGCCUACUCAGGUGGAAACAGACAGAUCUGAGGAAAAUACUCUGCCAAGCAGUCAAACAUUUUCAACUGAUUACUCUCCGUCUUCUCAAGAUUCCAUUGCUCAAAAAGAAGCUGCUUCUGAGUGUCAGAGUCUGGAAUAUUUAUUUCAAAUUGAUAUUUAUGAUUUCACGAAGUCUGCAUUUUCACCAGUUGUAAGUCUUACAGAAAGGGUUGUGGCAGCAUUGCCUGAAGAUAUGAGACCAGGUUCUAAUUUCUAUGGUUUUCCCUGGGAAUUGGUGAUAUGUGCAGCUAUUGUUGGAUUUUUUGCUGUUCUCUUGUUUUUGUGGAGAAGUUUUCGAUCGGUUCGAAGCCGGCUUUAUGUGGGAAGAGAGAAAAAGCUUGCUGUAAAACUUUCUACACUAUUGGAAGAAAAAUGUAAACUCCUUGAAAAAUUUAGCCUUGUUCAAAAACAGUAUGAAGGCUUAGAGUCAUCUUUAAAGGAUGCCAGCUUUGAGAAGGAGUCAACAGAAGCACAAAGUUUGGAGUUUGUUGAAGGAUCACAAAUAUCAGAGGAAAUCUGUGAAAAGCUGGACAGAUCCAAAUCUGAACUUGAGGAUGAGAUACUCUUUCUAGAAAAAGAGUUAAAAGAAGAGAAAUCUAAACAUUCUGAACAAGAUGAAUUGAUGGUGGAUAUUUCAAAAAGGAUACAGUCCCUAGAAGAUGAAUCAAAAGCCCUCAAAUCACAAGUAGCUGAAGCCAAAACAACCUUCAAAAUAUUUCAGAUGAGUGAAGAACGACUUAAGAUAGCUAUAAAAGAUGCUUUGAGUGAAAAUUCCCAACUUCAGGAAAGCCAGAAACAGCUUUUACAAGAAGCUGAGGAAUGGAAAGAACAAGUGAGUGAACUUAAUAAACAGAAAAGAGCAUUUGAAGACUCCAAAGUGAAUACAGAACAAGUUCUACAUGAUAAGGAAAAUCAGAUCAAGUCUCUGACUGAACGCUUGCUAAAGAUGAAAGACUGGGCUGCUGUGCUUGGAGAAGACAUGACGGAUGAUGAUAACUUGGAACUGGACAUGACGAGCGAUUCAGAAAACGAUAAUCCACCGAAAGGCGGUUUGAAGAAACUGAUACAUGCUGCUAAGUUAAGUGCAUCUUUAAAAACCCUGGAAGGAGAAAGAAACCGAAUUUACACUCAAUUAUCUGAAGUAGAUAAAACAAAGGAAGAGCUUACAGAGUGUAUUAAAAAUCUCCAGAGCGAACAAGCAUCUUUACAGUCAGAAAACAAAGAGUUUGAAAAUGAGAAUCAAAAGCUUCAGCAGAAACUUAAAGUCAUGACUGAACUGUAUCAAGAAAAUGAAAUGACACUGCACAGGAAAUUAACAGUAGAGGAAAAUUACCGGCUGGAGAAAGAGGAGAAACUUUCCAAAGCAGAUGAAAAGAUCAGCCAUGCGGCCGAAGAGCUGGAGACCUAUAGAAAGAGAGCCAAAGAUCUUGAAGAAGAAUUGGAGAGAACUAUUCGUUCUUAUCAAGGGCAGAUUAUUUCCCAUGAGAAAAAAGCACAUGAUAAUUGGUUGGCAGCACGGAAUGCUGAAAGAAACCUCAAUGAUUUAAGGAAAGAAAAUGCUCACAACAGACAAAAAUUAACAGAAACAGAGUUUAAAUUUGAACUUUUAGAAAAAGAUCCUUAUGCACUUGAUGUUCCAAAUGCAGCAUUUGGCAGAGAGCAUUCCCCAUAUGGUCCCUCACCACUGGGUCGACCUUCACCUGAAACGAGAGCUUUUCUCUCCCCUCCCACUUUGUUGGAGGGCCCACUCAGACUCUCACCUUUGCUUCCAGGGGGACGAGGAAGAGGCUUGAGAGGCCCAGGGAAUCCUCUGGACCAGCAGAUUAGCAAUGAAAGAGGAGAGUCAAGCUGUGAUAGGCUGACUGACCCUCAUAGAGCGCCUUCCGACACGGGGUCCCUGUCACCUCCCUGGGACCAGGACCGCAGGAUGAUGAUCCCUCCAGCAGGUCGGCCAUAUCCUGAUCCAGCGCUCCCUCCGCCAAGGCAUGACAGAUUUUAUCCCAAUUCUGGUAGACUGUCUGGACCAGCGGAACUCAGGAGUGUCCCUAUGCCAUCUGUGGGUAAAGCAGAUGGGCUGGUGUCUUCAGAAAUGGAAUCCAGUACAAAUGAUAGCAAAGACGAUCUUGGUAAUUUAAAUGUGCCUGAUUCAUCUCUCCCCGCCGAAAGUGGAGCAGCGGGUCCCGGCUUUGUCCCGCCGCCAGUCCCGCCGGUCAGAGCCCCGUUGUUUGCAGUGGAUGCGCGGGGCCCGAUGGUGAGACGCGGCCCGCCCCUUCCUCCACCGCCCCCGGGACACGUGUACGCGGCUCCCCGAGACUGCUUUCCACCCAGGGAUUUCCCGGGCCCGCCGCCGCCGCCCUUCUCAAUGAGAAAUGUCUAUGCACCCAGAGGUUUUCCUCAGUACUUGGCCCCAAGACCUGGAUUUUUCCCCCCACCCCCACAGCCUGAAAGUAGAAGUGAACUCCCAUCAGGGUUGACUCCACCUUCAAAUGAGCCGACUACUGAACAUCCAGAACCAGCGCAGGAAACUUGACAAUGUUUCUGGUCUCUCUUCAAAAGUGAUUGUGACUUUUCUCUCCUUUUCAGUUUAAGUAACUGCUGUUACUUAAGAGAUUAUACUUUUGCUCAAAUUGAAGCUUAUUGGAAUUAUAAUUCUCAGGAUAGUAUUUUGUAAAUAAAGAUGAUUUAAAUAUGA